CUACUAACAAAUUUGGUGUAGUAAGUAUCACUCUACUAGUGUGUCAGUAGAUACUGUGUAUCGUCUAAUGCUGCAGAUACAGCUGAGCUACAGUCUCUCUGUUGCUGGACUGAUCAUCAUCAUCCUGAAACUUAACCUCUCAGGUACACAGUGUACUGCAUACAGUCAACUGUGUGCAUUAAUGUUGUCUCCAUGUGAACUGAGAGGGUACGACACGGCAUUUUUGACAAGAGACUAUGCAAAAAAAACCAAAAAACUAAUAAAGAAAUUAGUACAAAAAUGCAACAUUUUAUUUUGACAUAACAUCUUGAACUAAAGGAAACUGAAACAAAAAUUUCUGAAUAGUUAAAUUAUUUUUUUGUCAUUGUAAAAGUUUAGAAAAGUUGAUAGAAAAGAUAUUUGUUGUUAUGGAUUAUUGCUAGGUCAGUUUAUCAGCCUUUUAUUCCUUCUUACAUGUUUCUCAUUAUAAAUUUCACCUACGUUGACCCCAGCACUGUCACUGUCAUAGUAUUUUUUCCCUCUGUCUGACACACAAACACACACACACACACACCUCUCAGCCCAUUGGUCACUUGAACCACAACCCCGCCUACAUGUGGACUGCUUUAUAAAAGGCCAACCAAAAGCCAGGGGAGUUGAAGUUACACAGACUGUUCCUUUAAAAGUUCAGUCACUUCUUUUUAGACUGUUCACACUUUUCCCUCAUUUAUUUUCAUUUGAUCAGCUGACUUCACUGCAGAGCUCCUUCUCUCUCUCUGUUUACACAUCAUAUCUAGUCUGACAAACAGAUUUUUGUCUGGAGCGGUGUUCAUUUUUGGUUAGUUUAAUUAGGAUUUUUUUUUGGAAACUUUUCUCUGCAGCGGAUCAUGGAUCUGUCAGACCUUCCUUUCCCUCUUUCCUCACCCGAUGACCUUUAUGAUGACCCCUGCUUUAAUUCCAGUGACCUGAACUUUUUUGAUGACCUAGAUGCUCGGCUGCUGCACGCGGGCUUCCUCAAGCCAGACGACCAUCAACAUCAUCAACAUCAACACAAUCACCACGUGCCUGAAGACGAGCAUGUGAGGGCCCCUGAGGGCCUCCAUCAGAAAGGACACUGUCUGCUGUGGGCCUGCAAGGCCUGCAAGAGAAAGACCACAAAUGCAGACAGAAGGAAAGCAGCGACCAUGAGAGAAAGGCGCAGACUGAGCAAAGUCAACGACGCUUUUGAGACCCUGAAACGAUGCACAGCCUCCAACCCCAACCAGCGGCUGCCCAAGGUGGAAAUCCUGCGCAAUGCCAUCAACUACAUCGAAUCGCUGCAGGCGCUGCUGAGGAGCAACAGGGACGACAGCUUCUUCCCACCACUGGAUCACUACAGGGGCGACUCAGCUGCCUCCAGCCCCCACUCCAACUGCUCUGAUGCCAUGAUGGAUUUCAUGUCUCCCUGUUUAACUAAGAGUGAAAAGCGUGAGAGUUCCUACUAUGGCAAAACAACAGACGAUUCUAAAAGUACCAGACCAUCCCUCAUUUCUAGUUUGGACUGUUUGUCCAGUAUAGUAGAAAGGAUCAGCACGGACUCUGCUGUUGCCCCUCCAGGGGACAGUGUGGUCCCUCAGGGGCCUGGAUCACCUAUCCACAACCCUGCCAUCUCAAAGCCCUCAACUGAACCCACCAGCAUGUAUGAGCCACUAUGAGCACAAGGAUUUUAAUUCCACUAAAAGACAAAACUAUUCCUACCUUUUAAAACAAUUCCUUCUGAACUGAAGUUCUGAACUGAAACCUGAUACGGAUGAAGACCUUUCAGGAUCUUCAGACAGGUGCUAAUUUGGUAUGAAUGAAUAGCUGCUGCAAGUUUGCAGUAUAUAAUAUAUUCUAUCUAUAAAUAUGUACAGUAAGUAAUAAGAACAUCUUUCUAUUAGGACCUAAAGACAAAGGACCAUAUGUGCAUUUCAUGUAAAUAAGAGCUACUUAAUAAUAUUGUACACACACGUGCAAACACACACAUUCAUAGAUACUCUAAGAUAGGUUGUUGUCUUUAUCUUUCAAUUAUCUAAUAAAUACAUAUUUAUAUUCUGAAAUUUAACACGUCUUCUAAUCAUUUCUGUAUUCACUGACGACUAAUAAAGAUCGUAAUUUAUCAUGACUAAUCAUGAAUAAACAAGUUACAAUCAAAAGCAACAUACUAUAGUAAUAAUAUUCUGAAAAAAAAAACACAAGAGAUUUGUUCAGGAACUUAUUGGUAUUGUAUUUUAAUGUGAUCAAUCUACUUUUCCUUUUGGCUUUGUCCCUUUUUUUUAGGGGUUGCCACACUAUCUUCCAUGAUGGGACUUCCAUAUUGUCCUGUUCUCUGCAACUUCUACUCUGUCUCCAAC